CAGUGAAGAGGAAAAAAGUUGCCCCUGGACAUGAAAAAAAGCUAUCGGAAGCAAGAGAGAGUCCAGAAAUCACCAAGAAAAAUCCAGAGGGCGGACAUUCCUUUAAGCCUGGAAUUCGCUUUUUAUCUCCAUAAGCAAGAUGGUUUUAUCGCUUGUACAAAGGGGGAAUUUGUAGGCUAAAUCUUGCGGAUAUAGUGUAUUAAAGUUGUCAGAGUAUUCUCGGGUUGGCAGUGGACUAAGUUGUCUGACUUUCGAGUCGCUAACUUGGCACCAGAAGGCUAAUUUACUCAAGGCGGCUGCGGAAGAAAGGACGAUGUCAACAGAAGAAAGAUAUAAGUUGGUGGUCGUGGGCGGUGGAGGUGUGGGGAAAAGCGCCCUCACUAUUCAGUUCAUUCAGUCGUACUUUGUGUCUGACUAUGACCCAACCAUUGAAGACUCGUACACUAAAACCUGCACCGUGGAUGGAAAGGAGGCACGAUUAGACAUCCUCGACACAGCAGGACAAGAAGAGUUUGGAGCGAUGAGAGAGCAGUACAUGCGCUCUGGAGAGGGCUUCUUACUGGUGUUUGCUCUUAAUGACAGUGGCAGUUAUAAAGAAAUUCAGAAAUUUCACACUCAGAUAUUGCGGGUGAAGGAUCGAGAUGACUUUCCCAUGGUUCUUGUUGGCAACAAAUCCGAUCUUGACCAGCAGAGAGAGAUCUCAAGAGAGGAGGCCAUGUCAUUUGCCCGAGAAAACCGGAUCCACUAUAUGGAAUCGUCAGCUAAGAACCGCCACAAUGUGGAUGAAGCCUUCAUGGAGGUUGUGCGAGCAAUAAGGAAGUUUCAGGAGACGGAGAGUCCACCACUCCCCGCUAAUCACGCGAGGAAGCAGAAGAGUGGUGGGUGUCCCUGCACCCUGCUCUGACUGCCCCUCUGCACUGUUGCCUAGGAGACUGAAGCCCUCACUCUCACGCCUGGUGCCUUAUACGUCUACACAGUGUGUGUGUGUUGUGCAUAUGUGUGUGUGGCACUGUACGCAUCAGUGUUUUAGCGGCUUUUACAGUAUGUGUGUAUGAAUGGUUCCCAAGGAGAAACUAGGCUAUAUCAAAUGAGAAAGAACCUGUUUGAAAGGGGGGGCUUUAGUUCUUAUUUUGUCCACAUGUUUUAUGUAGUGCCUUGCAGAAUCAUGCUCUUGAUUUUAGAUUCAAGCACAGUAUUUGUUUAUUUCCAUCAUAGUAAAUGGUCACAGACUGAUUGUGUGCCGCGAAAGAGAUUUAAAAAAAAAACAUUCACCACAGAGGGGGUGAACAAUAGUGACAGCGUAUAUUUAAACAACCAUGUAAGCGAUGUGCUGACAAAGCGUCGUGAUGGUUCUGGUGUCGCCUGUAUGUCAUAUAUUGUGUUAUUGACUCACAAAGACAAGUCAGAAAGUGUUUUAUUGGCCCAGACCACUGUUCAGCAUGUCCUCUCUCGGGGGAUUUAUUUAGUCAGUGAGACUGCACUGAAAUGGCUGCUCUAGUCUACACCUUGCUACCCAUCAGUGGCGAGAAAUAUAUUCAGCCAGCUUGUUUUCAUUAAUCUCUUCCUCAUAAAGCAAUGUGGGAAGACUUAGACAUGAUGUGGUUUUAAUAAUUGAGCAUUUUUAGUGGAGAAGCAGUAGUGUUCAAAUAAUGAGUCCAGUAUCUGCAGUGCUAGUAUUCAUACAAACCAAAGGCUAUACUGUAUAUGUUUGCACACCAGCUUUGUCAUGGUGAAUAGUUAUCUAAUGUAGUUUUAACACUAAAAUGGACAAAUCGUGUGGUUUUAUUGUGGGAUUGUUUUGGUAUGUUUCUUUUUUUUUAGUCUAAAUUUUAUGUCUUUUUGAAGGUACUUCUGUUUGUGCUUAUGUUCAGAAUAAGGUCAGUCUGUCUCCAGUUUCAAGUUAUCGUAUAUGACAUGCUUUGCUUGUGAUUUUUGCACCUUCAUUGGUAAACUGAUGAAAAAGUGAUACAGAGGAAUUGCCAAAUGAAUUGACUAACAAAGCAUGAUAUUAAUCAGUGUUGUGAGGGAGUGAGUCACACUGUCUGUACAUAAGUAGAAUGGCUUAGUUUAUAGGGUGAGGAAAAACAAGACUAGGUGCUUUUCCUUAGUCACACUAUAGCAGUUCUUAUGGUAUACUCGACCCUCGAGGGAGUUGCUACACACACUUUACGGCCUUUAAUCAAGGGACAUGGAUUUUUUUCUUCAAACUGGGACAAAUUCUAUUGUAGAUCAGGUUUGUCGGCUGCAAAUAAGAACAAAGCACUAUUUAAUUUUGCAAUGUUAACAAAAUUACACAACAUUGUAACAUGAUUCUCAUUCAUAUCAUUUCACGUCUUAAGUCUGAUUAUUUCAGUGUUUUUAUUUUUUAUUUUUUUAAUUUAAGCUAUUUUUCCUGGCUCUGGAGAGAGAUCAGACACCAUUUAUCUUCCAAUUUUGUAUCUAAAUCUAACAAUAUUCUUUAGUACACAAUUAAAAUGUCUUUAAACAUUUCAUGUA